UAAGGAGCCCCGCGGCUUCGCGACGUCGGUCGGCGCAGUGCGCUCCCCACUGGGUGCGCAGUAGCCAGUCGGCCAUCUUUGUCAAGUGUAACCUUUGUUGAUUUGUGAAAUGUGACGCUGUUCCGCGGAGAUAAUCGGUGAUCGUGAUUACGUGCCCGUGUGGUUCUCAAGUGCCAUCCAAACCCGGAUUACACAUGGAAUCGUGCUGACAGGGGCUUGUCAGAAUGUGAAUGUCUAGGCCCUCACUCACGUGGGAGGUGGGGGUGGCGGUAAAUUCGAGGAGUUGGGAGGAGGCGCUCGUCCCCAGGAGAUGGGGGAGCACGAGUCCGCUGACACGUGGUCGGCUUGGUUUCUGGACGCGAUCAGAAAGAUCCGGAGUCAGAAGCAGCGACCGAGUGUCGAGCGGAUAUGCCACGCGAUUCGUCAACACCACAAUUUCCACGAAGAAGAGAUUGCGGAACACCUGGAGGUUGCCGUGAAGCGCGGCGACGUUCUCAAAAUUUUUAAUAAGGGACAGUCAUCCUAUAAGGACCCGGGUGGCCUACAGUCACGGCCACUCAAAGUUGGCCGAGUCAGUGACCUGAGCAAGGUCAUUGGCAAGGCCGUCCGGGAGUUGGGCGAACGAGACGGUUCUACCCUCAAGAAUAUCGAGAAGUACUUGAGGCAGAGCCAUACUGUUGAGGAAGAGGCGGAGGGUGAUCUCAGGACUGCUCUGAAACUUUCCGCGAAGAGGUCAGUGGAUCGAGGAUUCGUCGUUCAGGAUGGGAAGCUCUUCAGGCAACCCGAUCGGACACCUUCCUCGACGAAGAAGAUCGGCGAAUAUGUUCAGGGUGAAAUUUCGCCCAAGUUACCAGCUCCGUUGCCGAUAUGUAAGGAGUGCCUUGGAGCAACGACAGCCGGGAACAACAAUAACGCGAAGCGCAGCGCCUCGGAGAAGCUCAGCAGGUGUAGUAUGUGUGGGGCAGCUCUGCACAACUCCUGUGCACCAGCCGACCUUGCGAUCCUCGUCGACAGAGGAACGACCUGGUCGUGUGAUGACUGUUCUCCAACCUGUGCCGGUUGCCAGUUGGAGCGGGAGUCCCAGAACUAUUUGGUCAAGUGCGCCGGCUGUGUUAAGUGUUACCACCCCUCUUGUCUGGAGCCGGCACUGGACAAGAAGAACAAGGCGCCCUGGAGGUGUCGACACUGUCAAACAACUCACACCCCUGUGCCGAAGGAUGAUGCCAAGAAGCAGAAGGGACUGGAGCCCUCGCUAGGUGAAACGACGCCCACCAGCGCUCGAAAGAAGCUCAUCAAAAUCCGUGAAAAUAGAAAGUCAAAUGUAUCGAGAAAGAGCCUCGCAGCGUCAACCCCUGGGAAGAAGAGCAGUCCGACGAUGGGUCAGGUGGACAGCAGCACGGACGGUAAUGCGGGUGUUGUCUCCCCUCGUCAACCAACCUCAAAUUCCUCUCCCAUACCCCAACUCCCCAACCCCAUGGCAGGCCAGGGUAGACUUCUCGAAGAGAAGAACGACAAGAUCUCGAAGGAGAAGCAAAAGUUUUUCAGGUUGAGCGCCUUCAAUGCCGAGCACAGCAAACUGAAACGGAUAGGGAGCGUCGAUAAACCAAAACCACCUACCAUCUUGCCUCGGACAUCCGCGAAACCGGAAAAAGUUGACGACCUGAGGAAGGUCCUUCCGAGUAGGAAGGUGCCAGUCUCGAGUAGCAGUAGCAGCAGCAGCGAAAGUUCAAGUUCAAGUUCUGAGAACAGUAGCAGCGAAGACGAGAAGGAGAAUUCGUCAAGUGAAUCGAGUGAGUCUUCUUCCUCCUCGGAGGAAGAGGAGGAGAAAGUGUCCCAAAGGAUAGCUCCUCUCAAGUCGAAGGCUCCAUUCACCUGCGAUUUGAAAGAGGACAAGCCCUGGGGAUUUGCAGCCGCGGCUGCAAAGUUGACCGUUGAGUCUCCCUUCUUCAGCAAUAUCACGAGUACCUUUGGCGCAACGCUCCCUAAACUUGAUUUGAGCGAUAAACCGACGUUCGGGCUUCACAUACAACCAGCUGCAAGUCCCUUGGGGAAGAAGAAGCAGAAAGAGAAGAAGAUCCUGGAAACGAAUGGCGAGAUCAAGGAGAAGCAGAAGGAGAAGGAGAAAGAGAAGGAGAAACCAGGAGCUGGACAACUCAAGGGUCUCUUUGAUGGACUUAGCCACUUCUUUUCCGCGCCAGGGAUCAGCAGAUCCAAGCCUGGAGCACCGAUGCCCAAUUAUGCGCCCGACAGGAGAAAAAGAACACACGAGGAGAGCAAGGAGAAGGAGAUUGGCAAGGAUGUUGUUGUCAAUCCAGUCAAGGACAGUAGAGAAGUCCACGAAGUCAAAGAAAUUAAAGAGAAGGCGAGCAAAGCCCCGAAGCUAGAAACCAGGGACGUGUCUCCAACCGUUAAGGAGAGGAAGGAGGAAUUCAAAGACUCGCCGAGAAUCCCAAAACCCGGGAUUUUCACACCCUCUGAUGAAAGUCUAUUCUCGAAUGAGAAGCCAGCCAAGAUGACUCCGUCCAACCUUGUGAAGACGGCCGUCAACAGCAAAAGGCUCGAGCACGAGAGGCGAAAGUUGAAGGGCGCGGAUGGGAUGUCUGUGAUAAAAUGUGCGACUGAAGGCGAGCAGCAGCAGCAGCAGCAGCAGCAAACUCGGAGAAAACAGCCGACAAGUCAGAGAGAUCCUGAGCCCGCCAAGUCCAAUCAAACUCCCGUUUCCAACAAGACCAAUUCCAAUCCAAAAUCCAAUCCACGUGCCUGUACUAGCGCCACCACCACCAACACCACCACGACACCCCGCGCGACACCCUGCUCCACCAGGAAGGACGAUCCCGUUCUGCCGAAUACACUGCCAUCGGGCGUGACGCAAAAGGACGUUGAUCUCUUCAAGGAGGCGCGAGAUCGAGCGAAUCGUCUGACGACAGCUGUCGAGGAACAGCCGGAAGUGGCAACUGCCGUGAGCCCCGGUGGCACCGGACCUGGCGCUGGGAGCCGAAAUCCAGCCGCCAUAGUUUUUGGAAGAUACGAAGUUGAAACCUGGUACUCGAGUCCGUUUCCCCAGGAGUACGCGAGGCUCCCGAAGCUCUUCUUCUGCGAGUUUUGCCUGAAAUACACCAAGAGUCGGGCCGUUUUAGACAGGCAUAUGGACAAAUGCCAGUGGAGGCAUCCACCCGCGACGGAAAUCUAUCGGUGCAAUGGAUUAUCAGUAUUCGAGAUUGAUGGAAACGUGAACAAGAUCUACUGCCAGAAUCUCUGUCUCCUAGCAAAGCUAUUCCUCGAUCACAAGACUCUCUACUAUGAUGUGGAACCCUUUCUUUUCUACGCGGUGACAAAAAACGACAAACACGGUUGUCACUUAGUCGGCUACUUUAGCAAAGAAAAGCACUGUCCCGCGCAAAGGUACAAUGUCUCUUGCAUCAUGACCCUACCACAAUAUCAGCGUCAGGGUUUCGGCAGGUUUCUCAUCGAGUUCAGUUACCUCCUCUCGAAAGUCGAGCGCAUUCCCGGCACACCGGAAAAGCCCCUCUCCGACCUCGGUCGCGUCUCCUAUCACUCAUUCUGGAAAAGUGUCGUGCUUGAGUAUCUCGCCAAAAAUCGGGACACUCGCGAGAUUAAAUUGAGCGACAUCACAAAUGAAACUGGAGUUUCCGGUCACGAUAUCGCGACCGCGUUGCAGCUUCUCGGCUUUCUGAAGUACGUUUGUUGCGCGAGCGGCGAGGACGUGGAGAGCAGGAAAAUAAAAAUUGUGAUCGACUGGCAAAAGGUUGACGCGCACAUGGCCAAAGUGAAGAAGACAUCAAGGAUUAAAUUGGAGCCGGACUGUUUGAGGUGGAUUCCACUUUUGACGCAGAUUCCGAAUCCCUAUCACAGUCCCGAGGAGGGCGACACCGGUUCGGAAGCGUCGCCGAUCUUGGAACCGAAGCCGAUGCCGACCAUUGUCGAGAAGAUGCAGAAAGUGAAGAUCAGGAAGAAGUCGAGGGGACGGAAGAGCUUGCACAGGCGGUCUCUGUCGAUGAAAGCCAAAACGCCGCAGAAGAAUGUGCAGAAGGAGAAAGAGUUGAGGGAGAAAGAGCAGAAGGAGAAGGAGCAGAAAGAGAAGGAGCAGAGGGAGAAAGAGGAGAAAGAGCAAAAGGAGAGAGAGCAGAAGGAAAGGGAGCAGAAGGAGAAAGAGCUGAAAGAGAGAGAGCAGAAGGAGAGUCAAAAAAUGGAAAAACUGGUGGAUGCGACACCUGCUGUUGCCGAGCGGCAAGAAGUCGAGUUAAAGACGCCUGCACGAAGUUCUCGAGCGUCGAGUGCAAGUUCGAAAAGUUCGACAUCGAAGUCGAAAGUGGCAGCAACGCCUCUGGUGUCGGCGUCUGGAAGGAGAAUGCGAGGUUCGAAGACGCCAAGUGAGGUGGCGCCACCUGCGAUAACAGCGACGCCAACCAGUUCGGUGACGCCUUUGAGAAAACGAAAACAUUCCGAAAAGACUGAAGAGGACGAGGUGGAGGAGGGCAGUAGCAGGAAAAGGAGACGAGAGUCGCAGAGAGAGAAGGGCAAGGAGAAGGAGCGAGAAAAGGAGAAGGAGAGGAUAAAGGAGAAGGAAAGGGAGAUGAAGGAGAAGGAGCGAGAGAAGGCGAAAGAGAUAAAGGAGAAGGCGAAGGAGAAGGAAAGAGAGAGGCUUAAAGGAAAGGAGAAGAGAGAGAGGAAGGAGAAGGUAAAGGAGAAGGAGCAACCUGUGAAGGAGGUGAGGAAUCAGAAAACUCCGCCGAAGGAAAUUGUCACGCCGGUAAGUGCGCGUGCGGCAAAGAAGCAGAGUAAACUCGACGAGAUUCUUCGUAAAGUUACCAGCCGACAGACGAAGCAUUUGCAGGCGAAACUCGCAAAAGAGAAGAAGGAGGAACUCUGCAAUGGCAAGGAGGACAAGGAGAUUAAAGCAACAAAUGCUUCGACGCCGAGAAGAGGCCGAGCCAAGGGAGUGGCGAAUGAUUCUAAAAUUCCAGUUGAGGAAGUUGUGCCUGAACCUGCUAAAGUUUCGAGUCCAGAAGUGGAAAAAGUUGCGGAAUCUGUCCCUCGGUCACCUCUGCGAGAUCCUGAACCUGAACCACCUGAACCCGAACCAGAGCCUGAAUCUGCGGAAUCACGUCUUGAGCGAGAGGAACCGAUUGAGUCUAAUCCUGAGUCGGCCGAAAGUGGAAUUGCAAUUCCGGUGGAACCUUCCGCAAGUCCGGGAGAGUAUGAGGGUGGUGAUGAGGACGAGGGCGAGGAGGAGGAGCGUUCGAUACCAAAGCCGGUUCAGCGUAAUCCGAAGGCAAAAGUGGAAGAGGUGGAAGAGCAGGUGAAAGAAAAUGUGAGGGAAGAAGCGCCGGAGAAAGUGACGGAAAUGGAAAUAGAAACGCCAGAAGAAAUCGAGGAGGAGUUGAAAGAGAGGGAGGAGGAGGAGUCGAGAGAGGAUGUGGAGGAGUGUCUGCCAAAGGAAGAGUCUAAAGACGAGGAGUCCAAAAAACCGGAGCAAGAUUCCAGGCCGGGUGAGGAGAUCCUCGAGGAGGAGAAGCCGCGCGAAGAGGUGAAAGAAGUGAAUUCAAAAAUCCCGGAGAAACUGGAUAAUACACCUCCAGUCGCAAGAAAAGAGAUCUCGAUCGCAAGUCUCGAGCCGGAAAUACAGCAGAAUGAGAAAAUGAUGAGUAUGACAAGUGAGGAAGUGAUGCAGCAGCAGGAGGAUAAGGAGCACUUGUCCGAGAGCGGGAAGACAACGCCGCACGAAAAUCCUGGAUCGGUGAAAAGAACCCCGCCAUCUCAGCCCGAUUUGCCUUCCAUGGGAGUUUACACUCCCGACUCGACGACCAACUCGGUCCACUCGUUGCACUACGGCCAGUGCGAUUUGGAUGUGAGCCAAUUGGGCCUCGAGUCGCCAACCUCGAUUGCAAGUGACUUGGCGUCGCAGAACAGUGUCGAGAGACCGCCAAGUGCCGCUCUGCCGAUGCAGCAGAGUUCGGUUGGUCCGAUGUCGAGCGGCUCGAGUAGCUCGAUGCAGCAGAUAUCAGCGCCACCCACUCCCGUCUCGUCGGUGAAUGUGACACAGGUUCAAUAUUCGGACUGCUCGAUGCCCCAACACACGCCGCCGUCGCAUGUCGCGAUUCAUCCGAUGCAUCAGCCAUCACACACGCCGCAAAAUGUCCAGCAGCCGCGAACGCCGCAGAGUAUUCCAACCCAGAGUCCCCAGCCAAUGCCGCAGCAGAGUCAUACGCCGCAGCCAAUGCCACAGCAGAGUCACACGCCCCAGCCGAUGCAGCAACAGCAGACGCAUGCGCAGAAUAUGCCGACGCACAGUCCACAGCCGCAGAUGGCGCAGAAUACUAAUACUUCUAGUACUACUACUAAUAAUAAUAAUAAUAAUCAUACGACGACGCAGAGUCAUACGCCCCAGCCAAUGCAACUUUCGCUUCAACAAAGUCAGGGUAUUCAGCAUAGUCAAAGUCAUAGUCAGGCGCAACAGCAGCAGCAGCAACAACAACAGCAGCAACAGCAGAGUCAACAGUCGCACUCGCACAGUAGUAAAAGGGCCAGCGGUUCCCAGACGAGUCAUCGGUCAAGAUCAAAUCAACAGAGCCGAUCUCAUCGGGCAACGCCUCCAACACCUCACAGCCAGAGUUCUCAGCACACCCACGCGACAUCUCACAACAGCCAUCUGCCUCCCCAAUACCAGCAGUCAUCAUCCAUGACCGUUCCACCGGUUCCUCAUCCCCAUUCUCACAGUCACGCCGCCCACUCUCACAAUAUGGCCGUCAUCUCCCAAGGAAAUUACAUGACCGUUGCCUCUCAGCCCUUCCCGACCCAGAAUACCUACGUAAUUCACAAUCGGGGCGGCAGAUCUGGGGUCCCGACAACUUGCGCGACCGCCACCAAUUUCUAUAUCCCCUCUGGCUCGAUGCCUCACUCGCACACGGCCGCGCCUUCCCUGACAGGAUCGGCAGGUCAUCAGACCACCAACUCCUGCAGUCUCGCCAAGCUUCAACAGCUGACCAACGGCCUCGACAUGAUACCGCCAACUCCACCGCCGGGGAUGAAUCUCACCCCGCCGCCCAUUCCCCACACGAUGACGCCGCCCCAGACCUCGCGGCAACUUUCCACACCGCCGCAGGUGCCUCUCGGCUACGCAAAGAACUACUACAAUGUGAAUGCCGUGCCGCCAGGCACGCCCGGGGCCUCAAGUCGUUCGGCCUCGUCCCGCUCCUCGGCAAACGCGAACAUGAGUUCGUUGACGCAACCCUACACGAGCGAGAGUCUCUACAGACAGUCGUUGGACCCGGGCGGCACGUGUACGCAAAUGCAAAGCGCGGCGAGCCGCGUCAGUCCAAAUGUGGCGCUCAACACGAAUCUCAUGGCGGCUGCGCAGUACGGUUACAGGGUUGCGCAGCCCGCGACAGGUUACAUGAAUCAGGCGGCGCAAUUGGGCGGAUUUAUGAAUCAGGCGAGUCAAUUACCGGUUGGGGUGGUCAAUGUGCCCGCGCCUUACACUCAGGACCCGCAUCAGCAGAAUCCGACCGCGGUUUACACGACCUAUCACAGUUACAUCAACGGAAGUCUCAUGCAGCCGUUGAACAGCACGAUGAGGCCGCGCUAACAAUCGCGUGUUUUGAAAAAAAAAAAAAAAACAACAACAAACAAACAAAAAACUCGAAACUGAUUUGGUUUGUGAUGUCGCGAACCCCAUAGAAGGAUUCUCAGAGAGAUUUUAAUUCGAGCGUGGCAAAAACACCUCGCAGAAUACUACUGUUCUUCUCUAUAUCUGGUGAGAAGCGACUUUUCGACUCUGUGAGUAUUCUUCAGGAAGUUUUUUUUUUUUUGUUUUCUUGUAAAUUACCUACCUGCAGGUGUCUUGAAGACGAUCUUUCUGACUAUCCCGUCGUACUAAUACUGUUCUCUAAUAGAAUUACAAAUCAAAUCAGAGCUCGGAACUCGGGUCGAGUGAAGAGAAAAUUAGGAUCCAAUUGGCUCUCUGAGAGGGGCGAGUGUCUUUUUUUUUUUUAAAUUUAAUUUAAUUUAAUUUUUUAAUUUAAAAUAGAAC